UUAAAUUUCCAGGACGCGUUUGACAAUUUGCAGUUCAUUGCGAGACCUGUGAAUGGUAGUACAGCUAUUCCUAUCUUGGCUGCAAGCAUUGCCAACAAGUUUAAAGAGGGGUUCAAUGUUGUACGAGAACUUAAAUUGGCCGUGGAAAGAUCUUGGACUGCAGCACCUGAACGAACACCAACACAAUGCUGCCAGGUUAAAAAUUCUGGUCAAUCAGAAUACGAUUCAAGAUUUCGUUCAAAAGUCGACCUUUCACGAAUAUGCGUGAAGGUAUCUAAAAAUGCUCCAGCUUCUCCCACCCAUGUUGCGGAUUCUGUGGUGGAGAAAAUGAAGAAGAUUUCUCAAGAUUACCCCGUUCUGAAAUGGCAAUACUUUGCCUCUGAACAAGGUGUGUUGUCGAGCUUUCCAGCGUUGGAAGAUACCGCAGAUUGUGGGUCUUAUGAUCCUCGAUUUAGACCUUUUUACGUGGAAACAGCCACGCCUGAACCAAAAGAUGUUGUUCUAGUUAUUGAUCACAGUGGUUCGAUGAGUGGUUCACGCAUGAUAGUCGCGAAGGAAGCUGCAAAAACUGUCCUGAGAACGAUGAAUCCAAGGGACAGGGUAAGUAUUUUCCAACGUUCCGACCGUACGUGCGCAGAUGUAGGAUAAAAUACCAGGUUAACUGAACGUAAAGCAUUUGCAAGAACGGCAGGAUCAUCAAAACAUACUUUGAAGGCCAUAUUAACUCUGAAAUAGUGCAAGGGUAUUAUUUUUCUCUGCCUCGAAAAUGUUCGCAUUAAUUUUGAUAAGAUAUGGUCCUACUAUGACUGUAAGCUUAGCGUCAAUGUAAGCCUGGUGUGACGUAAUUACAUAGCUGAUUUCGUUUUAAGUUCGUAAUGUCCCAUUAGUCGCCCCACGUAAGGAAAUCCAAGACAGUCUUUGAUUCUGGAUCCUAUUCCAUGGAUUCCGGAUUCCGGGUGCUGGAUUCCAGUCUUUUUCAGUAAAGCUUGGAUUCUGGAUUCCAUUUCCUAGUAGGAUUCUGGAUUCCUUGAGCUAUAUUCUUGAUUCCAAAGCCCAGGAUUCUGGAUUCUACGUGCCAAAAUUUUCUCAGAUUCCGGAAUCCGGAUUCCCUUACAUGGGGCGAUACUAUAGCGACUACAUUUAGAAUUCAUUAUUAAAUCAAAGUUAUGCGCUCAGUUGAUAGGUAACCCAGUGUGUAGCAAAUUUUCGGAAAGAUAAGAAUCUAGUUCCACACGUUAGAGUUACUUCGUAAGACGCAAAAGGCGAGUACAGUGGAUCCUGCAUUAAGUGGACCCUAUGUUGGCGGACCGAAAAUACUUGUUUGUGUUUGCUUAAUCGGAAACAGUGAAAAUAUGGAGUGGGCAGACGGGUGAAGAGGCCGAUUUCCAUGGUAAUACUUUGAAGCAAAAUAUGCUUAAGAUGAAUUUACCUUUUGCGUCAUAAGUUGAGUAAAGAUCUAACAGUCGAGAGUCAUAAGUUUGUUGUACAUUUAGGUUUUAUUAACACGGCAAAAUUUGUGUCGUAGAGUUACGCUAAGCACCUCGUCGCAUGCAACAAAGUUUUCCCCCAUGCUGCUGGUUCCUAUGGCGAAAAAGUAAGAAGGCAGAAGUUUCGAAUGUUUGAAUGUCAUUGCCUUUACUGCCCCCACCCUCCGCCCUCCCCCCCCCCAAAAAAAAAUGAUAGAUGGAUACCUAGGCUGGCUUAGUCUUGCCGUUGUCACUCUCAAGUGGCGCGCUAAUGCCACGACAUAAUGCAAUGAUGCGCUAAGUCAUUUUUUCCACCAACAUCUAGGAAAGGCGGUGCUAAUAUGUUUGCUUGGUCUCUUUUAUUAGAUUGGAAUUGUAAAGUUCAAUGGAGAUGCCUCCACCCCAGUCGAAUAUGAUGGCGAUGGAAGGGGCUGUCAUAGCCAACGUUUAGCUGAUGCUACGCCAAUCAACAUUAAAUACUUGGAAGAAUACGUAGAAACUAUCUUUGCUGACGGUAAGGUUAAAAUUAUUUGAGAGCAAUUCAAAAUAAGAUUUAAAGAGAAAAAAAUUCUGCCUCUUUCCGUGUCUCUUUACGUUCACAUGUAAUUCGUUUAGUUUUUAAUGGAAUAAGCGGACAAAUGCUAUUAGGAGAUGAUGAUGAUGAUGAUGACGAUGAUAUAGGGAGCUUCAACACCCACGACGUCGAAGGCAAUGCCAGAACAUCGACAAACAGACUAGGUUUUACAAGCAAAAUAACACUAUUCCUGCUUGGCCCUAUGCAUCACACUUUGUUGGAAAAUUUUCUAUGAGGUCCCACCUCACAACUACGAUGCGAAACUUCAUGCAUAUUUCGUCAGCGACAAAUUUUUCUUUCUCUUUCUCUUUUUGAACUUAGAUAUAGGCUUUAAGGUUUAACUCCCAGCUAUGCUCCUUAUCCUCCUUUAAGUUUAAAACACGAAUGCAAAUUCCCUUUUUUGUUGGCGUUUCUGCUGCUGUUGUCGUCAUAGUUGCUUAAGUUCUCGCGUGCGUGCAAAAUCCCAUUCCAGUUUUGAGGUUUUUUUAAAAUUCAGUCUUUCCAAGUCGGUGAGGUGAACGAAGGGGUACUUAUUCUGUCUUCUCUCCCAUUCCACAGUUGAUAUAGUCUGGUGAAUCCUUUCAUUUUGAAGAUUCAAUUAAAAAAAAAGAUUUAUAUUAACAAUAAACAAUUGAUAAUACAAUAUAACAAAUCUAUAGGUGAGCAGAUUAACAACAAAACUAGGGAAUACUACCUAUAUUUUCCUAUAUUGGGAGACUCUUCCCGAAAGGUGUACCUUCUUCAGGCUUCAGCUAUAUGAAAGUGUACUGAUUUCAGUGGUUGAAGUAUAUGAAAGGGUGGGAAAAUCUGUCAUUUCGAGCUGUAAAAAGGCCCAAAAGGGUUAAAAGAAGUAUUUUAUGCCUGUGAAAGAGUCAAGAAAAAGUUAUGGUUCGGUGAUUUAUUCCUAUUGGAAAGACAGUUUACUUACAACAGUAUGGAAGGGAUACAAACUUCCAGUAAACUAGGUAUGUGGAAGGUGUAUCAGCAGAAGGUGCACGAAAGGGAUCAUACUUUUCCGUCAAAAAUGGAAUAUACAAUCAGAAGGAGUUGGACUUCGGACCGAAAAUCCCCAUGUAAAACUUUCUUGAGUACAAUCCCCCCUCCCCCCGUCUUCCGGGACGACAAGUGCAGGGAAAACCAGUCUAUGGGGUUGAAUUGUUUUCCGUUUGACGCUACAAGUCUCUCUACUAAUUUUUUUUUCUGUUCCUAGGAGGCACUGAUUAUAGUAAGGCAUUCAUUAAAGCGUUCGAUCUGUUCAAUGGCACAUCUGACAUAAGCGGUUCUUCCAGGAAAAAGGUUAUCAUCUUUCUUACGGAUGGGAGACCAAAUGAUAAUGAAAAAACAAUAUUGCAAACAAUAAAAACAAAGAAUGCGCAGCUGAAUAAUGAGGUGGUGAUCAUGACUUAUGGAAUGCUGACGAACUUACCAAUUCUGCGUUACAUUGCUGAACAGGAAGGUCUUGGUGUCAGAAAGCCAUCUGAUGUCACUGUAAGAUUACCCUAAUCAUUUCAGUCUGCUUUUAGUUUUUUGUUAUCUAUAUUCUUAAUCUUGGGAACAGUUCCUGACUAGUCAUUUCAGGUAUUUACAGUAGCAACUUAAAUAAAUGAUUUCUGAACGCUAAAGAAGACCAUUGAUGUUGAGAUAUAUGAACUUUGUUACUGCAUUCACGGCCCAAGGGAAGGGGGGGCAUUCAAGGGAAAGCGAUUUUGGGUAAAGGUGUUUCGCCAAGGCCUUUAAGACCUGAAAUGUUCAUUUCACAACACCCCAUUAAGUUUUCUUUAGAGAAUAAAGUGAUUUUUUAAAGCGCUAUCACAGAGAUAGCUCUUUUUGGAAAACUAACAAAAAAAAAAAUUGUGAGUACCACAAGCAGUUCGCUUGUUGCUCGUAUUAUAACGACCGUGUUGACGCCUUCGAAAAUAAGUGCAUGCAUUAUCCAUGAUAAUCGCUAAUACCGUCUGCUGACAGACACCGUAGAAACAGCGAUUCAGUUGUUAAGUUUUCCAUUGCUUAUCCCUUCUAAGAAGAGUAGAGGAGAUGCUGGGGUAAUGUUUGCUUAUUUGCCUUUUUUGUCGUUUGGUAUUCAAAUAAUGGCAAAAAAGUAUGAGCCUCUAGCUAGGUUGCUAUCAACUUUUGAGAUACAUGUACUGGUAUACCUCUACCACAGCAAUAACUGAUGUUAUUUUUCUUUAAGGCUGGAAAAUUUACAUAUGUGUCAAAUACAAACACCUUGCGGAAUGACAUGGCAACCUAUUACGACUUUUUUUCGUCAAAGACAAUUCGCAAUGAACCAAUCAUAUCCAUUCCUUACGUUGACGCUUUUGGCACAGGUAAGAAACGCUAUGAUGUAGUUUACAGGUUUACAACUUCGAACUUCUUACAUACCACAGGACACUCUUAAGUUAGCUCGUGUAACUGACAAUUGUUGGACAACUAAAGCUGUAAAUUGGGCUAAGACGUCAUAGUGGAGCUCUUGCGCCCUCGAAGCGCGGCCAACAAAGCACCAUGAAUAACAAAAUUUGGUUAUCUGUGCAUCCAGGAAAUACUUGAUUGUGACCAAUUCGUCUGUCAUUACGUCCGCCAUUCAUGUUAGCGCAUGUAACUAUAAGAGCAUGUGAAAUCUCACACUUACUACAUACUAACUCAUGUAGUUGACGUGUUUUUUAAGUCCUCUGCAGACCAGUUAUUUGUUUUCAAAUGAUAACAGGUUCAGGUCGUUUUUUUUUUCAGAAGGAAUUCAGUUUUCGUCUUUCUUAUGGCGAAAGUUGGAUAACUUCAGAAAGAAAUUAAUUUCUUAAUUUUUUAUCUACAAUAUAUAUUUAGAUGUCAACAUAUAUGCACACUUGCUUAUAUGGUGUCUGAUUGGUUUUCCUAUUCCUACAGGUCUGUUAACUUCGAUAACACUGCCAUGUUAUCAUCAAGGAAAAUUCAUCGGUGUUGUUGGGACAGAUAUUAGCAUGGCAGAUCUUCUGUCUGAAGUUACAUAUUUUCAAAGAGGUCAGCGAAGUUAUGCCUGGAUGGCGGAUAGUUCUGGAAGGACCAUGAUGCACCCUCUUCUCCCAGCCCCUUCAGACGUCUACGGUGACCCAGUUUUUAUGGACAUUACAGCUUUGGAACCAGAACCUGAAUUUCAUGAGAUUUUUAACUCUAUCAAAGUGUAAGUGCUUUCUAGAGUUAGUGCCGAGAAAUUUAUUUAUUCUUAGGGGUACGAGAGGAAUCCAUUAACUUUUAUAUCCAUUACGCUUUCUAUUAUGUUAUUUUUCGCUUUGAUAGCGGUGGAUCCGGGGUAAAGUCAUUUACGUCAAAGCGGUUUCUUGCUCGUGGUGGGAAAAUCAAGGAGGGAGUUUCAGUUUUAGAUGUACCAUCUACGUACUUCUGGAGAGCAGUUGAAAAAACCAAAUUCACCGUUGGAAUUGUGGUGGCAGAUGGCGAUAAGGAUGAAACACUCUCAACUCAAAGUAUUCCUUCAGGUAAGUACAUCACCAUAUUAUCAACAUACAAGUAAAGUUCUAAAUAUAAAGGAAGACUGAUGUUUCGUGUUCAUCGAUAAAAAGACGAGUUUGUAGAAUCGGGAAAAUUGAAUAUAGAUCUUGAUGACAGGGAACGCAAUCAGCCAUCAGUUGUAUUAGAUUUCUCAAUAAGUAGAGUAUAAAACCGUCUUUAAGGAGUAGGUAAAAUACGUUCUAAAUGGAAGAGACGGGAAGGGAGAUGGCGCAAGACUGCUUAGAGGAGGCCUUACCUUCGCUUUAUCUUCGUUUUGUCUUGCCUUUCCCCAUUCUCCACGGAAAUGCAUUCUGCUGAAUAAGUUCUCCUCAAAUGAACUUCUCCUUAGCCUGACAAUCUCCGUCGUCAUCGUUAUAACUAUCGUCUCUAUUGUUGUCAUCAUUAGCAUGACUUAUCGCAUUGAACAUUCUUGGUUGCGCAAGACGAGAGGAGACCGCAAGCCUAAUUUAGCGUGGUGUUUCUGUGCUAAAUAAACCUUUCCCGCAUUCCUGCUAACAAAGGUACCAAAUCAGGAGAUGUGAUUCGUAUGAAACUGUCCACCAAAGCCUAGUCCUCAUUUCUUCAUGUUUUCGAGGUUUGUUCGUAUGCUUCUUUGUCACACAAAUUAACUGGUAUUUCAUAAAAGAGGCACAGAAAAAAAGUCAGCAAAGGGCUCGCGUUUUUUCAGUCUUAACGUCCUUAAUAGUACUUCAAGAAAUUUUGUCACAAGAAUCAUAAGUACUUGUUGCGUUAAACUAGCUUUAACUUUUUCAUCUUAAUUUUUAUUGUAAUUUGCUUGUGCUUCCUUAAUUUAUUUUCAGAUUUUAAAUUUCUCUAUCAUCGUUUGGAUUUAGUAAGGCCGGAUGAACCCUGCGCUCAUUUUACUAGAUAUGCAGCUAAAGGUAAGUUAAACGAAAUAAUGAAUAAACAAAAACUUGAUUGCUGAUAAACUACUGCGAAGUGAAAACUUCCUGAAAAAUAUUUUUCUAUGGAACCUUUUAUGAACUUGGCAAUAAUGGUGUUAUUGUUUUUGGGAAAGAAUUAAAGAGAAACUUCACGAGACCGAUCACAGUGGCGAUCGUUUAAGUGGGAAUAUUCAAGCUUUUUCAAAUUUCUUGUAUUUCUGUAAAAACUACUGACAUGAACUUAAUCCAUGCCUAGCGCUAAACAUACAAAAAAAAAAAAGGGAUACCAUGAUCUGUGCGACAGCAAUCGACUAAAUAUGAGGCAGCUGCAAGGUUAUCCCGCGUCCAGUCCAGCAUUAAGUGAUCGAAUUUUCCCUCCUGUAAUGCUUGUACACCCAUUUUUAUAAUUACGUCUUGUUACGUGGCUGCCCCAGUUGUUAGAAAGGUGAAUAAUGCUAUCCACCGGAAGAUUACCAUCCACCACAUAAAUCAUUAUCCAAAAGAUAAGUACUUGGAGAAAACCAGUUGCUUUAUCUACUGGAUAAAUAUAACGUUUACUUAUUCACCUUUUGAAUAACUGGGGCCUGCUUUUUUUCGUUUCUGUUGUUGUUUAACUUUUUAACGACGCGCGUUGUUAUCUUUUUCUCCCAGGUCACAAGAUAUCAAACAAUAAAAUUUUUUAUCCGCCAAGAGUCUUUGAGCGGGCAACAUUGUAAACUCUAUGACUUGUGAUGUUAACGGUGUACUGUUCCCACGAUAUGUUGUCCGCUCGUUAAGAUCUAACUACUUUCAAAGUUCCGUUCAGUAAGCCAUGCUUUGAAACUUCUAACCUAAACCUUUUACUCAUUUAAAGGAAUAACUGUUGUGAAGUUUGGUGCUGAGGCCUUCGCAGACCCCUAUUCCUACUUAGGUUUGGACGAGACGGUGUCCCGAGUGAAGUCAUACAAAUCGUACAUGACAAGUUCAAGGGCGAUUAAUCCUGGGUUCAAACCAGGCGUUAGAGACACAGUGCUGGUUUCAAGCAAGGUCGAUGACAUUUGGUUACGCGAAAAGGCGGACUAUACAAAGUACUUGGUGUGGAGAUAUUUUGGCACAGCCAACGGUGUGUUUAGACUAACACCUGGGACAUUAAUUGCACAAUCAUUUGAUCCAACGAAACGACCAUGGUAAUACGAUUACUUUUAGUCCUCCCUCCUCAAAACUAGGUCUACUUCUAGAGAUCUUGGUACUAUUAACAAGUUAUAUUAUUUUGGUACAAAGAGCUGUGAUUAUUUCAUUUUUACUUUCAUGUUAUGAUAAACACAUGUUGGCAAACUCUAAUUGACAGUCAGAUGUAAAGCCAUUUUUUAAAAUGGUUUAACCUCAUACAGUUUAUGGCGAUAAAUCCGACUGUCAUUUAGAGUUUGCCAAAAUGUGUCUAUCACAACAUAAACAACUCCUAAAGAGAAGACGCCUAGUUAAUUUGAAGGAUUUAGGAUUAGCACGGGAUACUGCGCGGCCUUCUGCGCGGGAGGUCCUGAGUUCGAUUCCCAGUUGCGACUUCAAAUCCUGCCUUCUGGCUUGUUUCCUUUCCGUAUAGCUUUAAAAACACUGAUGGAGAGAGAGAGAGGGUGGUGGGGGGAGUGAAGUGAGCGCAUCGUGGGCCGCAGCUCUCUUACGGUCAAAUGACUAUUUCGAGCUAUAGACGUAAAAGAAGAACUCUUUACCCUUUAAAUAAUCGCAGACUUUGACUUUCCCACCCUCCCCAUCCGUUGUAGACCUUAAGGUAAUAAACACACCUUUGACGCGAAAUAAUGUGCAGGACGAUACUUCGGCUUUAUGACUAACUGGAUAUGUUUUUACUUUUACAAUAGGUACCAUGCCGCGCUCAGAAACACGGGGCGUGUCUCUUUGUCCACUCCUUACAUAGACGCAUUUGGAUCAGGAGUAGUUAUAACCGCUUCGCAUACUGUAUACCGCGGUGAAGCUACUCACAAACACAGCGCAAAUGACCAGGUCAUUGGUGUUAUGGGUGCAGACUUUCCUUUGUCUUAUUUUCAUAAGUAAGUUAAUAUUUUGCUUUUUUUUCUGGGUGUGUGUUUUUAAUGUCAACUAGAAAAUUAGUGUAGGUGAUUUAUCUUUUUUUACACUGUCGUGGCAGAGCCAAUAAGGCCUUUUGUUAAGAAUACCUUUUGUCGCGAAGAUAAUGUGGCGUUUACCACCAGACUUUCACAAGCAUACUAAAUUAAAAUAAAUAUUUCCCGUCAGACUCCUAACGGACACUUUUCCCAGCUGCAAAGAUGGCAACUACGAAUGCUUUGUGUUAGACGGAGCUGGUUUUCUCGUCAUGCACAAAGACUUUUUGUCGCCAGACAUUAAAGCAAAAGAUCUGGAGUACGUCCACAUAACAGCAAAAGAAAAAGAGAUAGCCGAGGACCUUUUACAGAAAGGACAUUUAGUAAAGAAAAAAUGUAGACACUUGGAAAAAAUUCAAACGGAAAAUUUCUACGAGCUGAGCAUCCCGUUUCGAGGCCUCAACACACUGACAACAGGACAACGAUGUAGGCAAUACCAGCUUGCUAAAGUUGGUGGAAGUAAUGCAUUUUUAGGUAAGUUUUCUCUGGAAAGUUAAGUGAUCUUGAGUAAAAUUGUCAUUUUACUUUGAGAUAUGUCCAGAAAUGCACGCAUUGGCGAAAAUGGCAGAAAUGGCAAUUAAUCGCCAAAAUCGCCAAACUAUAAACAAAAAUUCAAUUGAGAUGGCAAAGGGGCCCUUUGCAAAGUGGCGAUUUUGGCGAAAAUGGCGUAUUUGGCGAAAAUGGCAGAAAUGGCGCUUAAUCAGAAAUUCAAAUGAGAUGGCAAAGGGGCCCUUUGGAAAGUGGCGAUUUCGGCGAAAAUGGCGUAUUUGGCGAAAAUGGCAGAAAUGGCAAUUAAUCGCCAAAAUCGCCAAACUAUAAACAAAAAUUCAAAUGAGAUGGCAAAGGGGCCCUUUGCAAAGUGGCGAUUUUGGCAAAAAUGGCGUAUUUGGCGAAAAUGGCAGAAAUGGUGCUUAAUCGCCAAAAUCGCCAAACUGUAAACAAAAAUUCAAAUGAGAUGGCAAAGGGGCCCUUUGGAAAGUGGCGAUUUCCGCGAAAAUGCCGUAUUUGGCGAAAAUGGCAGAAAUGGCAAUUAAUCGCCAAAAUCGCCAAACUAUAAACAAAAAUUCAAAUGAGAUGGCAAAGAGGCCCUCAGCAAAGUGGCGAUUUUGGCGAAAAUGGCGUAUUUGGCGAAAAUGGCAGAAAUGGCGCUUAAUCGCCAAAAUCUCCAAGCUGUAAACAAAAAUUCAAAUGAGAUGGCAAAGGGGCCCUUUGGAAAGUGGCGAUUUUGGCGAAAAUGGCAUAUUUGGCAAAAAUGGCAGAAAUGGCGCUUAAUCGCCAAAAUCGCCAAACUGUAAACAAAAAUUCAAAUGAGACGGUAAAGGGGCCCUUUGGAAAGUGGCGAUAUUAGCGAAAAUGGCGUAUUUGGCGAAAAUGGCAGAAAUGGCGCUUAAUCGCCAAAAUCGCCAAACUGUCAACAAAAAUUCAAAUGAGAUGGCAAAGGGGCCCUUUGGAAAGUGGCGAUUUUGGCGAAAAUGGCGUAUUUGGCGAAAAUGGCAGAAAUGGCGCUUAAUCGCCAAAAUCGCCAAACUGUCAACAAAAAUUCAAAUGAGAUGGCAAAGGGGCCCUUUGGAAAGUGGCGAUAUUGGCGAAAAUGGCGUAUUUGGCGAAAAUGGCGAUUAAUCGCCGAAAUCACCAAAUUAUAAACAAAAAUGCAAAUGAGAUAGCAAAGAGGCCCUUUGGAAAGUGACGAUUUUGGCGAAAAUGGCGUGCACUAAUUCUGUAUCUUUUCAUCAACCACAAAUAAAAAAAAAAUAUAGAGUGCAUGUUGGCCUCGUUCUUAAAACGUGUUUUGGCAGAAAUGGCAAUUACUCGAUGAAAUACCUAAUUUGUCAAGACAAAUUGAAAUGACAUAGCAAAGGGUCCCUUUUGAAAUGGCUAUUAAUUGCCAAAUAGUUAACCACAUAUUAAUAUAAAAAUGUUUCCAAUAGUAUAAUUGUAUACUAAUAAUGACAACGCUACUGUAACUUAAGUGUCAUUAAUCUGUUUUUAAUGCUUUUACCUUUAACUGAUAACCUCUUGUGAUUUGAAAUUCGUCCCAGACAAGAGUGUUUGGUCGGGAAUUACCACUUAUAACUAAUUUCUUGCUCAAUUCAAAUCGAAUGGCCAACGAGUUGUAUUCGAUUAUCAGUAAAUGGUAAUCUUCGUAAUGUUCAUGGCAACUUUCUUACCAAAAAAUCCAAGAUAGGUAUCCUUAAUUUUCCAGGCUUGUAGGCAUUGUUUGAAUAGCGACAGUUCAACAUUAUCUGUUAUGAGGAAUCCAGGUUGGUUCUUGGCUACGCAUUCAGAUAAUUAGAUGGUCCGUAUUGCCUUGUAUAUCCAUCCUGUUUGUCAUAAUGGCGUUCAAUCGUACAAGUAUAUAUAAACGAGCUGGUUCAUUGCAGUUUCACAGAACAUGAACGUGUAAGGUUUAGUUGUUGUUAUAUACACGCGGCGGCCAUGUUGAAAUAGUCCAUUUUGGAUAACCACUCUAUGUAAGUAAAAACGAUUAAUGUCAUUCCCAGCCGACUUUGGUGGUCACUCUAUGUAAGCAAAACGAUUAAUGUCGUUCACAGGGACUCUCAGGCAAUUGUUAAAAUAGAAGGUAAAAAGGCCGGGUGACGUGUUUCGACGAGCAUUUGCAUUAGCAAUUUAAUGGAACACAUAUUGUACUGAGAAUUGGUUUGGUGGUCUCAGCGCAAAAAAAACAAUACAUUUUCUAAAUUUCUGGCCCCACCUCAUAAAGCAAUAAUGGGACAUAUUUUUUAAGAACGAGACAAACAUGUACACUCUCUUUUCAUUUAUCUAGUUGAUGAAAAGAUACAGAAUUAGUUUGAAUGGGAUAUGUUUUAUGAAAGAGACAAACAAGUUAUUACUUUGAUCCAAUGUUUAUGUUCAAUAAAUGCGGUGAAGUAUUGGGCACAAGUGAGAUUUCGUGCCGGUUUACAUGAAUUGAAAUAAGCGAAUUCCCACAUUUCAAAAUGGCGCAUGCAAGCUGCUGGACAUUUCGGCUUUCGUUAUUUUUAGGGGACCGUUUCUCUAAAGAACAAAACAAGUAAGUGCGAGAAGAAAGUGAAGAGUUUAAAACGACGGAAGAAGAUAAUGUGUAUAGUGGAGAUACAAAAAAGGAUGAAGGGCACACACUGGUUAUCGUGAAAGCAUCUUUUAGCCAGGAACCAUGCGUUUCGCAAUCGCUUUUGAGUUAAGGAUGCCUCACAAUUUAAUGGAAGCAAUGUGAAGAGAAUUGUAACCAGUGAGGAUUGUUAAGGUCUACAUUGAACCUCAAAAGUUAGAGUGUCCAUGGCAAGGAAUUAUUAUGAUUUCAAGGACUUGGUAGUUCUCUCCUCGAGUUAUUAGUGGACUUGUAAGUCUUUGAAAGGAAUGAACCAUACAAAAGCAAAUGAUGCUAGUGUGAUAUUUCAGCGCAUCACAUCACGUUUGGUAAGUCAAGCGACAUCGAAAGUAAGAAAAUGUUUACUUAACCUGUGAAGUACAUGGCACAAAUACAUAUUGGCUUAACUGAAACGACUUCCAUUUGUUGUUUUCAGAUAUAUUUGAUUCAGUUGUAUUUGAUAAAAUAAUGUUGUUUGACAGUUAGGUAAAGCUGUUUUGUCAUAUAUUUGAUUCAGUUGUAUUUGAUAAAUGUUGCCUCACAGUUAUUGGGGCCUCUUAUUAGGCAAGUAAUUUGCCUCACAGUUAUAAGGACCUCUUUAAUUAUCUAUUUUGAAGGGGCCACUUUUGGCAUCCAAUUUGAAUAUUUUGCUGCAUAUCGCCAGCCCUCUGGCGAUUUUUGCCAAAAUCGCCAAUUUUGCCAAAAUCGCCAUUUUCGCCAAAAUCGCCAGCCUCCAAGGGGCCACUUUUGGCAUCCAAUUCAAAUCGCCAGAGGCUGGCGAUUUUUCGCCAGUUUCGCCAUUUUCGCCAUUGCAUGCAGGGCGAUUUCUGCCAAAAUCGCCAAUUUCACCAAAAUCGCCAGCCUCUAAGGGGCCACUUUUGGCAUCCAAUUCAAAUCGCCAGCGGCUGGCGAAUUUUUGCCAGUUUUGCCACUUUCGCCAUUGCAUGCAUGGCGAUUUUUCCCAAAAUCGCCAAUUUCGCCAAAAUCGCCAUUUUCGCCAAAAUCGUCAACCUCCAAGGGGCCACUUUUGGCGUCCAAUUCAAAUCGCCAGCAGCUGGCGAUUUUUCGCCACUUUCGCCAUUUUCGCCAUUGCAUGCAUUUCUGGACAUAAGUGUUUACUUUAGAGAGAUGAUAUUCGAAGUAAGAAAACCUGGAAGCAUAAGGGGCUGGUGAACACUUAAUAUUUGCCUUCAUCGUGAAUGUCGUUCUCGUCUAGGUAUCAAAAAGCGGGAUGAUUCCUGUUCAUCUGGAAGUUGCAUCACGUGCGGAACCAACAGAGAAUGCUCCAAUCCACCGGUGUCAAGUUGCGAGUGUCCAUGCAUUUCAAGGCUUGACUUUCGUUACUGCAGAAAUGAAUUCCCAGCCAGCAAGUAAGCACAUUUCAAAAAAUAAGACAAUCACGUUACACACUAGCUUUAUUGACUUUUAAUGGUUAAAGGAGCUGUGUCACGAAAUUCAGCCAAGUUAUGAAAUUACAAAAUGUCCGUUAAAUUAAGAGAAACAUAAAAAUAACCGCUUAAAACUUUACAGGAAGGUUAAAAUAGCAUAACAGAAACAACAGAUGCCACGGAUGGGCAAAACCGAAAAAGAUUGAAACGGAUUGAAAUAGCCCAUUUUAUAGUUGCAGAUGAAAACGAGGCUGGAGUUGACCUUGUUUUGAUACAGCCCUUCCUGCUUUAUUAUGUAAAUCAGGGGGGGAUCUAGGGGGGGGGUGCAGGGGGUGCGCACCCCCCCCCCCCCUGAGAUGACCUGCGGUUCUCUAAUACAACUGGUAUUCUGCAAAAAAAAACUAUGUGGUGUAUUGGUGUUGAAGUAGAGCAAGAGACGAGUGCACCCCCUCCUAAAAAAAAUCAUGGAUCCGCCCCUGUAAAUCAUGUCUUUCUUAUGCUAACUAAUAUUUUUUAAGCAAAAUUUACAUUAUAAAAGGAAUGAGGUUUGUAUCAAAACGAGGUUAACCUCAGCCUCACGUUCUCUCAAAGGCUAGGGCACCAAGCCAACAACUGUAAAAUGGCCCAUUAGGGUUUUUGAAAACUGUUCAGCCUAACACUUUUUCAAAGUUGAUCCCUGCUGCUUGCAGCUUCAAAAAUAAUGCUCAAGAGACAUAUUUGUUUGUCUCGGAUCUCUAAUUUUGUCAUUUACCUUUAAUUUCUUUGCUUACUUUAAGUUCCAUAGCGAUUGAGGGCGAGUAAUUGGCAAUAUUAAACAAAAUGAACUGGACUUCCGUGACACAGCCCCUUUAAACGUCGGGUAUGUGCCAGAUCGAAAGAUGAAUGGGCUACGAAUAUUUACCAAGAAAAAAAAAAACAAUAACGAAAUGAAAAACAACAACAAAACAAAAAAAACACAAAUUAAAAAAAAAAAACAAACAAACCAGAUAUUGGAGCUUUAACUAAAUUUGGUAUUAUGUUAAAUGUACAGGUGUACUAGGACUAAAAUAAGCCUAUGUAUGACAUCUAAUCAUUUCAUAAUCAUAAGUAUGAGGUAUACCUAUCCAAAGAAUUAAUAAUUACUCGUGAACAGUGGCCUAUUUGCUAUUCAUUAAUGGCAAGGCUUCGUGAUUUCAGGACAUUUAUAUUUUCUUAUCGAAUAAUUUUUAAGAGAUUACUUGGCUUUAUGACCUGUAUUUCUUUUCUGGCGGUAUUUUAUUAUAUUUCUUUCUUUAGCGUAACCCCGAAAUCAAGUAAGUGAUCUUUUCGUUAAGGCUUUACCUAAAUACUUACCCAGGUCAACCUUUAUCCCGUAAUAUUCAAAAUAACAGUUAAUUUAUAGAAAAGGUGAACUUUUUCUCUCUUUUUUUGCCUACAGUGUGUCUAUUUGCCCAGUACCAGCGCCUGUUGUCCCUUCUGAACAAGUAAAUGAUCCUUCCAUAAAGGGUUUGCUGAAGUGCUUUGAUCCUCAGUGCGACAAAAAGUUAAAUUCGAACUCUUGUGAUGGAGUUGUGGGCUGUUACUGGUGUGUCCGCGAUAAGAACGACGCUCCUCUUAAUAAAAAAUACUGCGCCAAUAUCAAUUCAUGUUACGGAGGAACGGAAGGUAAUACAUGCUAUCAUUAUUAGAGAGAUAAUUUGCAAUUAUUGAAUGAGGCUGAGUUAAGGAUAUGAAGAAUUCUGCAGAUCGAGGAGGGUGUUAUCCACCGAGGCCGAAGGCGGUGGUCGAUAACACCCUCCGAGAUCUGCAGAAUUCUUCAUAUCCUGCGAUAGCCGAAUUCAAUAAUUAUUUUAUUAUUCAUUCAAAAUAAUUCCAACUUUAAAAACAAGCUAAAAAUGCUUACCUCGGUCGAUGUUAAAUUCACAUCGAUAGUGCAUCUUUUUCAGGGAAUUUAGCGAAUAAAGGUCUACUCAGGUCUGCAAAUAUACUCCAAAUAGCAGAUGUUGUCCGUCGAGUUGACUUCUCGCUGUUCUUACUAUGUUUUUAGACAAUAUUUUGCCAUGAAACGAGUACAAUGUCCGUCCGACAAUUCCGCCAUUUUGUUCAAACAACCAAAAUAACUCAACCUUGUCUCCAGGUUUCCUCGGUCAACGAUUCAAUAUGACAAAUUUUAGAACCCAUGACGUCAUUUUCACGUCAUCGGUUCAAUAAGACAGUUCAGCCGCUGGUUAUGGUGAAUUAUGCGUGUGGUUUUACCCAAUCAGAAACGGGAAAAAAAAAACUUUUGAAUGAAAAAAAAUUUUGAAUGAAUGAUAAUUAGCAAUUAUUGAAUUUGGCUUUCGUAGGAUUUGAAGAAUUAUACUUUUAUUAUUCAUUCCAAAUAAUUCCAAGUUUAAAAAAAAGCAAAAUCGUGCUUACUUCCGUCGAUGUUAAGUUGAUAUCGAUAGUGCAUCUUUAUCGGGAAGGUUAGGAGAUAAAGGGAUGUUCAGGUCUGCAAAUAUACUCCAACUAGCAGAUGUCGUCCGUCGAGUUGUCUUCUUGCUGUUCUUACCUUGUUUUUAGACAACAGUUCGCCGUGAAACGAGUGAAAUGUUCCGCCAUCACUCACUUCGAAAACAACUUAAACUCGUCCCCAGGUCUUCUUGGUUAGCGGUUCAAUAAUCUGCAAUUUAGCUGCACUUUUGACCUCAUCGGUUCAAUAUGGCAAAUUUCUUCCAAGUUUGGUCAACAGUAGCUGGUUAUGAAGAAUUAUGCAUGUGAUUUUAGCCAAUCAGAAACGGAGAUAUAUUUUGAAUGAAUAAUAAUUUGCAAUAGAACGAGUUGAUAUACAAUAAUGAAAGUAACAAAUGUGUCAUCAUCAUUAGGAUGUUCGUUACGUUUUUACCUGUUUUUUGUCUUUAGCCUCAACGGUAGCUGCAACCGCACCUUUAUCUUUACUGCAUCUGGUUCUUUAUCCUCACCUGCCUUUUUACUGCAUCUGAACACGAACCUAUAGUUGCAUCUUAGCCACGUUCCCACAAUUGUAAUUUUGCUACUUCUGCUCCAACCUCUGAAAUCAAUAUGGACUGUUUUUCCUCCGACGCUUGGCCACCCUUCCAUCUCUACUCCCUCUGCUCCCACACUCCCUCAUCCUUAGCCCCAUCACCUGCACUUCAUCCUUUACUGUCUUUGCAUGCUGACACAUCUCCACUUCUAUCUUAACUGUUUGUUUCUACAUCCAAAACUGCACUUCCAUCUUUAAUGUCUCUGCUACCACACCUGCACUUCUAUCUUUACUGUCUCUACUACAGUAUCUGCAACUCCGUCUUUACUGUUUGUUUCUGCACCAACACCAGAACUUCCAUCUUUACUGUAUCUGUUACCACGUCUGCACUUCCAUCUUAACUGUUUGAUUCUUCACCCACACGUAUACUUACACUUCUAUAAAUACAAUCUCUGCUAUCACGUCCGCACUUUUAUCAUUACUCUUUCGUUCUGCUCCCACAUCUUCACUUCCAUCUCUACUCUUUCUGCCCCCACACCAGCAUUUCCAUCUGCGGUCGGUAUAAAACGCGGACUGCAGACUGCGAACUGCGUGUAAAACACAGACUAGGUAUAAGACGUGGACUAUGAACUGUGUAUAUAAAAACAGCUUUAGAAAGGUAAAAUUGAGAGAAAGGGAUAGCAAAGUUGCAUAAAACAGAAGUCCCAGCUCCUUGCCUCACACACAAACAUUCCUUUGGCUGAUCACGCAGUCUAUUCUUCCCAACGUCAGCGUCAAGUGGAGAAGGAAAGCAUACUACACAGGUAAGGAAGGUUAUGCCGCUACUCAAGGCAUCUGAAAAUGAAACUCUGAUUUUUACAAAAAAGGAGGAGUUAGUAUAUAAUUCAAUAUAUAGUUUUAAGCCAAUUGCAAUAGAAGAUAUGAAAUUGAGAGGCACCGAAUACAAAAAAAUAGUAUUACUAGUACUGGUGUUAGUGAGAGUGAAAUUCUUUUAGAUGCCACAAUUCCAUUUGAAAGCCUUAGGAUAUGAGAAAAUGAAGAACCCAGACGAGAAGGUUAAUAUAGAGGCAUUCUGCGAUGCAAAAAAGCUGUAUUUAAAGGGGAGGGCUUACUUACCUAUGCGUGAAUAAUAACCGAAAUAUCAUCCAAUGUUAUAUAUUCUAAGCGACGAUGACAUGAUUUACACCUAUAGAUGUUAGAGACCGAGACCACGUCUAAAAAUAGGUGUAGAAAAUAGCAUUAUUUGGUGAAGCUCAAACUUUGGAGAACCGAGCGGCACUCCUCCACCAAGAAGUUCUAGAAGUAUUUAUAACUUUUAAGUUAUAAAUACUAACAACACUUGAGUUUCCUGUUUCUGCUCCAACACCUGCACUUUCAUUUCCCCUGUUUCUACUCCAACACCUGCACUUCCAUAUUUACUGUUUCUGCUCCAACAUCAGCAUUUCCGUCUCUGCUGUUUUUGUUACCACCUCUGUGCUGCGAAAUAGAGUCAAAUUUGUUUUACGGAAGGCGGAACGAGAGUA